GGCACAUCGGGCAGAGGCACACCGGGCAGAGGCACAUCGGGCUGGACUCCGGGCAGAGGCACAUCGGGCUGGACUCCGCGGCAGAGGCACAUCGGGCCGGACUCUGGGCAGAGGCACAUCGGGCCGGACUCUGGGCAGAGGCACAUCGGGCACCGGGCCCCGGGCGGCAGCAGCAGGCAGCGGGGCCCGGGCAGAGCAGCAGCAGGCACCGGGCCCCGGGGCGGGGCAACAGGCAUCGGGCCCCCGGGCGGGCGGCGACCGGCCGGCUCGGGCCCCAGGCGGAGCAGCGGGCGCCGGGCCCCCAGGAGGGGCGACAGGCGUCGGGCCCCCAGGCGGGGCGACAGGCGUCGGGCCCCCAGGCGGGGCGAC